UGACGAAUAACGUCAAACUUGACAGCUGUAUUGUUGAUGUUAACUGAUAUUUAAAUUCAAUUGUUUUCCAUUAUCUUAUCUAAGAUGAACAUCGAUUUACAUAAUUAUUACUACCUUUGUCUUUCGUGUGUCAAAAUUGCGGUGUUAGUCACUCAUUCUGAAAUAAUUUCUUAACAAUGCUACAUCGUAACCUCGCCAACAAAAUUGUCAAAUUAACAAAACGACAAAAAAUUUGGCAAAAAUUUGCAAAUAGAAACAAGUAUUAUUUUGAAAGUUUUUUUCACUGAUGUCUAGAUGGAUGUGCAUACGGAUAUAAAUUUGUUACGACCGCAAAUGACAGUACGAAAUACAAACUCGGGUAACAUAUUUUACAUGCCCUUAACGUCAUUCGCAGAGAUGUGGUAUCAGAUAUUUCUAUGGGCAUUAUUCUCUUCAAUAUUUGUGCAUACAAUUGCUGGCGCAAUUUGUUUUGCUACUUUGCGGCAACACAAAUACGGCAAAUUCUUCCCACUACUAAUUAUAAUAAUGGGAGUAUUGUUGCCACUGACAUCAGGUGUUGUCAGUUCGGCAGCAGUUGCCUUUGUAUAUAGAGCAUCUGGUUAUCAAAUGCUGCCUUUGUAUGCAUUAUUUUGGGGUAUUGGACAAACUGUGGUACCGGUGUGUGUUGGAUUUACAAGAAUCUUAGCAACUUUGUAAUUCAAUGUUACAAGAACUACAUUUGUGAUAUUUAUGUGUAUAUACAAAAUUUGCAAACAAGUGUCUUCUAAGUUAUAUUCUAAGUUAUAUAUAAAUAUAUAUGUGAAGAGCCAUA